AAAUAAAUUAAAAAGUUUACUAUAUUAUUGAUUAAAUUUUAACUUUUUUAUUUUUUGCCGCCUACAAUAUUUUCUAAUGCUAUAUUUUUUGUAACUGACCAUUUCUAAUUGGCGACUCAAAUGAUAAUUGUAAUUGUAAUAUGAAAAUUAUUUAGGAUUUCAUUGAUGUUAUUCAACGAGGAACUUUUGAUAUUUAGACAUUCCAAAAUCAAUUAAAAUUGGACAUCAAAGAUAAUUGAAAAGUUUCUGUUGGUAAAUUCAAAUAUAUCGUUAAUUCGUUUUUACGAUGUCGUAUGCAAGUGCUCUAUCAAAAAAUAUAACAAAAACACCCAUAGAGUUUAAAAAGCUACCAGAUGAGAAAAUAUUGUUUGUUAUAGAUACUUUUGCAUUGUCUAAAACUGACAUUGAUUUUAGUCCUACUAAUAUAGAACCAAUGUCUAGUGUAGCAAUAAUUCGAAGGGCUUACAGAUUUUUUGCAUUGCAAAAGAAUCGAUUCCAAAAUAAUUCUUUUGGUAUUUGUUUAUUAACUCCGCACUCAUUUAAUCUAGUUAUGGAUUUUACAACAAAUAUAAAUAUUGUAAUUGAAAAAUUAUCAUCAAUAUUGAUUCAAAAUGAUAAACCUGAAGAAGCUGCUGCAUAUGAUUUUGGCCCUUUAUUAAAAUAUAUUGGUAAAUUAAGGAAUCUUCACAAAGACUGUAUUUUUAGAGUUAUCAUGACCUACAACAGAGAUGACUGUUUACCGAUUAUUGAACCAUUAGACAAAAAAACUUUUAAUAUUUUCUGUUCACCAACAUUUUAUUUUGAUACCAUUUAUGUAUGUGAAAAUGAUAUUGAAACAGAUGAGAUGGCUCAAACUAUUUAUGGUAAGUUGGCUCUAUUGUGUAGCACUUGGUCUUAUAAAGUAUGUGUUCAACGUAAGCCAAUAGCUAUUAUAAAUGGAAUUACAUCACUGUUGCCUCAUCCCUAUACUAGAGAACUUACCAAAAAAUGAAAAUUGUUUUAUUGUUAAAUAUAUUUACAGUUUAAACAUGUAUAUUAUAAGUAAACUAAGCCUGA